ACCUUAUACAAACUGUCUUUUCCAUUUUUCUCUCUCUACCUUUACAAUGUCCGGUUACCCGCACAACAACGUUCCCGGUUACGGUUACGGCCAGCCGCCGCCGCCGUCUUCUCAGCCGUACUCCUCCGCCCCUUACGGAGCUCCUCCACCGUCAUCUCAGCCUCACUCCUCCGCUCCCUACGGUGCUCCACCGCCGUCAUCUCAACCGCACUCCUCCGCUCCCUACGGCGCUCCGACGCCGUCAUCUCAACCGCACUCCGCUCCAUACGGCGGUCCUCCACCGCCUUCUUCAUCAUCACCAUACGGUGUUCCACCGCCGCAAACUUACUCACCAUACGGCGCCGUUCCGUCUCCUUACGGCGAUCCACAUAAGCCUCCGAAGGAAAACAAACCGCAGUCUUACGGUGGCGGAGGUGCUGGUUACGCUGCCCCGCCGCCUUCAGCACCGUACGCGCCGUCACCUCCUUAUGGUGCGAGUAGUAGUCCGUUUGCGUCGCUAGUGCCUUCGGCUUUUCCACCGGGCACGGAUCCCAAUGUAAUAGCGUGCUUUCAGCUAGCGGAUCAGGAUGGGAGUGGGUUAAUUGAUGAUAAGGAGCUGCAGAAGGCGCUUUCUUCGUAUAAUCAGAGCUUUAGCUUGAGGACUGUCCAUCUCCUUAUGUAUCUCUUCACCAAUACCAACACUAGAAAAAUUGGUCCCAAAGAGUUCACAUCUGUCUUUUACAGUCUUCAAGAAUGGAGGGGAAUUUUCGAGAGGUUUGACAGGGAUAGGAGUGGAAAAAUUGAUUCAUCUGAAUUGAGGGACGCCUUACAUAGCCUGGGAUAUGCUGUAUCACAUUCUAUCCUGGACUUGCUGGUUUCUAAGUUUGACAAAACCGGUGGAAAGAAUAAGGCCAUUGAAUAUGAUAACUUCAUCGAGUGCUGUCUCACUGUUAAAGGGCUAACUGAGAAAUUCAAGGAGAAGGAUACUUCAUAUUCAGGCUCGGCUACAUUCAGCUACGAGUCCUUCAUGCUGACCGUUUUGCCUUUCCUGAUCGCAUAAAGACAUGUAAAUUCUACUAUUAGGGGUGGUCUUGCUAUGACUUUCCAGCUUCGAUUCCAUUUGUUUUCAGGAGAUAUAUGUUUGCUUCUGUUGGUUUUGUAAGACAAUCCUUAGGGUGAAGUUUAAUCACUUUCGUGUAGAAACCAGUGUGUUUAACAGCAGUUACUGGGAUAUAUCAAACUUAAUCAUGUGUUUUGUGUU